GAGAGAGAAGCUGGUCUACGUGAGGCCCCAAGGCGGGUCCCCAAGGCGGCUCCACCCACUGCGCGGGCGGAGCCGUCCCACCUUGGACUCGGCUAGGAGACAAACUGCUGAACCUCCCCCAGCCGCGAGUCAGCGACGCGGUGCCCGUGGCAGACCCUUGCUGCUCGGCCGAUUGCUAAGGCUGCGUGUCUCGGACCCUUGGCUCAUGAGGGCAGAAAUCACGGAGUCCUCAGCCCCAAUGCCCAGCAUCAGACCUGCACGGCAUCAGGCCUCAGUAAAUAUAAUAAAUGACCUCAGCUGACCCUGCACUAACUAGCACCGGGACCUUGGGUCUCAGCCACAACAUGGCUUCCAACCUGAAGUCAGCCAAGAAAUUGAUGGUUGUCUUAGGAAAAUCAAUGAUUGCUUUUCUGGAGACGAUGAUUUUCAUCAUCAUCCCCAGACCACGGAAGAACGUUGCUGGUGAAAUCGUGCUCAUCACUGGCUCUGGGAGCGGACUGGGAAGGUUCUUGGCCCUCAAAUUUGCCCACCUUGGAUCCGUGCUGGUUCUCUGGGAUAUCAACGAGGAGGGGAACGAGGACACAUGCAGGAUGGUGCGGGAAGCUGGGGCCCCAAGAGUUUAUGCCUACACUUGUGACUGCAGCCAAAAGGAAAAUGUAUACAGAGUGGCCGAGCAGGUUAAAAAAGAAGUUGGCGAUGUCUCCAUCCUAAUCAACAAUGCCGGAAUUGUGACAGGCAAAAGUUUCCUCGACUGCCCAGAUGAGCUGAUGGAAAAGGCUUUCGAUGUGAAUUUCAAAGCACAUUUAUGGACUUAUAAAUCCUUUCUACCUGCUAUGAUCGCUAAUGAGCAUGGACAUUUGGUUUGCAUUUCAAGUUUAGCUGGAUUAAUUGGAGUAAAUAAACUGGCAGAUUACUGUGCAAGUAAAUUUGCAGCCUUCGGAUUUGCUGAAUCUAUAUUUAUAGAAACAAUGGCCCAGAAACUAAAGGGGAUAAAAACCACUAUUGUGUGCCCAUUUUUUAUGAAAACUGGAAUGUUUGAAGGUUGUUCUACUGUCCAUCCUUUUCUGUUACCAGUUCUGGAACCAGAGUAUGUAGCUGACAAGAUAGUAGAUGCCAUCCUGGAAGAGAAAAUAUACUUAAAUUUGCCAAGGAUUUUGUCCUUCUUGAUGUUUUUAAAAAGUAUCUUGCCUGUCAAGGUGUCAGUUCUUCUGGUUGACUAUCUGGGCGCCCUGAAUGUAAUGGAUGGCUUUGUUGACAAGAACAAGAAAAACUAAAGACCAACUCAAUGGCUGAUACCAUCUGAUACCCAGCAUUCCAUAAUCCUGAUUUCAAUGAAGAAAAGCAUUUUUGUCCAACAAUGUAUCUGGAAACUACAAGUACCAUUCUUUUUCUGCUCCCUGGACUACUAUUUUCAACCAAUGCCUUUGAAAAUAAUGUUCCUACCUGCUUUUUGGUUGGGUUUUUUUUUUUUUAAUUAAAAAAAAUUGCCCGUU